AUGCAGGUUACAAUUUUGCUACUUUUUGUUGUGGUUGGGAUAUUGAUGAGAUCAAUAAGUUUAGAGAGGUACAUUGUUGGAGAAGGCUAUGGCUGGCGUCCUGCCCCUGAUCCUGCUUACUACCAAGAUUGGGCUAAAACUGUAAAGCUUAAAGCUGGAGAUGAAUUAGAGUUUAGAUUCGAAAAACCUGACGAUUUGCUGGAGAUUGGAAAAUUCGACUACUAUGCAUGCACUUCCAACACUGUUUUCAGGCCGUAUAGAGAAAGUCCAGCAACAGCAUUCUUACUGGCACCUGGAGAAUAUUACUUCAAAUCCAGCAACAAUACCAAUUGCAUUAAUGGCCAGAAACUUUAUGUAAAUGCAGAAGCUCCAAAUGAAGAUAAUGAUAAGAUUGACAACAAGAGCUAA